AUGGUUUCUCGAGGGGUCUUCCUCGGGCAGCGAACAAUUGGCUCAGAACUUGGACAGACAAGGCGAAUUGACUCAGAACUUAUUGAAAAAAGAAACAAGAAUUGGAUAGGGUUAACUGGUUUGAGGAAUGAGAGAAAGAGGGCUGUUGUGAUUGGCAGGAGCAAUAUUGUUGGAAUGCCAGCUGCCCUUUUGCUGCAAAGGGAAGAUGCUACUGUCAGUAUUGUCCACUCAAGAACCAAGAAUCCAGAGGAGAUCACAAGACAAGCAGAUAUCAUCAUUUCUGCGGUAGGCAUGCCGAACAUGGUGCGGGGUAGUUGGAUAAAGCCGGGUGCAGUUAUUAUUGAUGUUGGAAUUAAUCCAGUUGAGGAUGCGAAAAGCGCAAGGGGUUAUCGUUUGGUCGGAGAUGUUUGUUACGAGGAGGCUUGCAAAAUUGCUUCAGCCAUUACUCCUGUUCCUGGGGGAGUCGGUCCAAUGACUAUAGCAAUGCUACUAUCUAAUUCUCUCAGCGCAGCGAAGAGAGUGCACAACUUCAAGUGAGGUUUUCAAUAUUACUGUUUUGAUUCAGUCGAGUUGCCCCAUUCUUAUUUAUGUAGUUUCUAUCGUUAACCGUCGAUUCAUGUAGUUUCUAUCGUUUAAUUUUUUUCAAUAUCUGAAAUUUGGGAAAUAGAAAAUGCAUUAUUUGAUGUGGGGAUGAGUAUUUGUAUGAGUAAUGUUAUAUAAACCAACAAAUAAUUCUUCUUACUCACAUAUGUGACACUAUUAUUUUAGUUGGUCCCAUUUCAGAUACUAAAGUUUUGUUACUGCAUGUUACGUAGUAAGUGAAAAGUUUUCAAAGAUUUGUUGAUUUAUA